AGCCUCUGACAGGCGGAGCGGCGCGCUGUUUUUACGCAUAGCCUCCAGUCCUGCGGGGCAUUGUAGACAUUGUGUAGUAGCUGUGUAGUAGACUCCUGAGAAGACACCGGAGCGGCACAGUCCCUGAUAACUGGAUACCUGAGUCCAAAGGUGCUGAGACUCUCCCAAGAAGCCGUGACAGGAGACCCGACCAGAGAAAAAGGGAUUUUGACCCGCGUAAAAAAAACGAGGGAGGAGGCGCCUCUCGCGUUGAAGCAGAACCGCUUUAGAUGGAUUCUUCAUGUUUGCUUCAGCAUCAGUGGACACAGCCUGCUCCGAGCACUCACAACCCGUGACAGUAAGGUGUAAAACAUGACGCAUCGCACUGUAUGGAUAGCCGAAAACAUGAGCUGCGCCCUGCGUGGAAGAAGCCGCGGCUCUCCUCUCCUCUCCGGUGCGCGCUUGGAGCAGAAUGCGCACAGGGCAGCUGGUGGGACCAGAUUGAGGGUUUGGAGGAAGGAUAGACAGGAGAUUACCUCUGUAAUGUCAGCAAAGGCCAAGGUGCUGCUGUGGGUGCUCCUCUCUCUGCUGCCUCUAGUGGAAGGAGCUCAAAUUAAAGCCGGUGCUGCUGGCGUGGGAUCAGACUCGGGCCACACCGUGGGCCUGCUGGCAGGCCAGGAGGAGCGAGAGCUUCCUGUGACGCUGCCAGAGGUGGUGGAGGACGAGGAGCAGGAAGACGACAGCGACCCUUACUCUACUUGGCAUGCUCUAUAUGACCCCUUUGUAAUAGAUGAGGUGGACGACCAUCCCAGUAGUCGCUGGGCGGGGCGCUCCCCACGCUCCUCUGACCCUUCAGAACUUCAACCCAAAGGAUCACCAAAGAAAAAGAAGAAGAGGAAGAAAGAAAGGGAGGAAGAGGAAGAGACGGGGAGAGCAGAUAGGAAGGGUAAAGGUAAGAGCAGGCAGACGAAGCAGAGCAGCAGGGACUGUCGUGUGGAGAAGAGGGAGAUGAAAGUUCGGGACCUGGGACUGGGGUUCGACUCGGAUGAGAUUGUCCUCUUCAAGUUUUGCGUGGGCUCCUGCCAGUCUUCCAGAACGAACUACGACCUGGCACUGAAGGCGCUGCUGGAAAACGGCUCGCUGCCCCGGCGUACCUCCCGCAAGGUCAGCAGCCACCCCUGCUGCCGGCCCGACCGGUACGAGCCGGUUUCCUUCAUGGAUGCUCAGACCACGUGGAGGACCAUUCAGUCGUUGUCAGCCGCCAGCUGCAUGUGUAUGGGCUGAAGACACGAACGAGGGAGAAGGUGACAAGGAGGGGUCACCCAGCCUGAACAGAGAAGGUGAGGAAGGCAGGGAGGAGCCAGAGGGGGGCGCUGUCACACACUGAGAGCAAGGAAGUGAGGGUGGCCACUUGUUGAGGAGGAAGAGCUCCUCGUCUCCUCUCUCCUCCUUUCCUCCUGCCUUUGACAAGGAGAUCAAUCUAAGCCGCCAUCAUGAAGGAUCUCUCAAUUCCUAAAAUGCAUCUCGAGGACAGAACACGCUUGCCAGAGGAGCUGUGAGCAAGGAGGUGUGUCCUUGUCGCCUGUGAUGCAUAAAAGGCGGAUGAUGCAGCAUAUUUAAUUACAUCACUUUAAAAUGGCGGCUCAGAAGCACGGAUAUCGUAUUUUGUUAAAUGCCUGUCACCUCGACUCCUCUCCCCUCAUGUCUCUUCCUCGCCUCCUCCGCUCACGUCUCAGGUGGGAGGGACUAAGACGCGAGGAGAGGAGGCGAGGAUGUACAAACUGAGAAAUGAGAAGAGGGGUGGGUGCAGCUGGACGACUGAGGUCAAAGGUCAUGAUGGGUGACUGAGGGGGAAGUCAACAGAGAAUCACAGUCUGGAUUUAUUGUUGCGUCUUCAAAGAGUGAAUCGUCUCCAGACCAGUUCAUACACAUCAAACUGUUGUGAGAUUAUACGGGCGACACCUGAAGGCUGAAGCUCAAGAGACAUAAAGAAAAGACACAAUUAAAGGACUGACACUGUUUAUACUCUGACUAAAAAAAGACAAAGACUGAUAUGAUGUUCACUAUCACUCACAGUGAAGCCCCAAAAAGCUAAAUCAUUUUCUUUCACAUAAAAACAGGGACAUUACAUCGUAUGGUUUCUAUGUUCAGGUGAACUCAGCCAAAUGGAUGCCAUGCAUCUUCAUGUAUUACUGUAUAAAAGUAACAUAUAUUUAUUUCUGAUAAAUUAUUUAUUUAUUAUAGCUUCAUAUGAGAGCUGUUUUUAUUAACUCUAUAUUGUAGAUAAAUAUCUAUUUAUUGCCGAGAUUCAGAUUUCAUGUCGACAGUUACUUCUUACAUACCUUUUUGUUUUCUUUUAAAGGUGCUUAUUUAACUUUAUCAAACACCUCAUAAACUUGGUUUGGACAGUUAAUUCUGGGCAGAAUAUGAUUGGAUAACAGGAAACAUUUCUGGGCCAUUCUGCUGAAUCAGUGCCUUUUCAAUCCCCAGGUGAUGACAUGUAUGAAUCUUCAUGAGAAAUAUCUGUCAAACACAUUAUAUUAUCAAGUAAAGUGUCCUAAUUGCACAAUGACGGUUGCUCUUGCUCAGCUUUGCAAUUUAUUAGUUACACUAACGUUUCAGUGCUCCUGGACCUUCGUCAAGAGUGUUCAUCACCAUGGAAACCUUGAUAAAACCACCUAGGAAUAACAGGACUGUAGCCCGUCCCAGCUCUCGAACACUUCACUGUGAAAUUUAACAACUUUUUUUUGUAUUAUUGUGACUCUAUUGUUUCCAAUUUAGACACAAAAUACAUUUUUCUUCUCAGAAAUUCCCAGUGAGUUAGUUAAAAUACAGAUUUUAGUAGAGUCCCAGGGUUUUCACUCGGUCCUGUUAUCCUGACCCCCCCCCUUUAAAAUUUGAUACAUCACAAAGUCACAUGAUCAACAGGAAGUAGUAUCAUUUGAGUCUCCUGAAGGACAUGGGAAGAGCAACCUGUAUUUUUUAUGACUAAGAACGUCAAUCUCAAUCCUGUUACCUCACUUAUUUCUUAGGUUUUACUCUUUUUUGUUUUGUUUUCCAUAGAUAGUUUUUGGGUGACACGGUGGUGCAGUGGUUAGCAUUGUCGCCCCACAGCAAGAGUGUUCCUGGUUAGAAGCCUCCUGUGUGGAGUUUGCAUGUUCUCCCUGGGUCAGUGUGGGUUUUCUCA